UUAGACAAAUGCUUUGAGAAUGUAUGUGAAUUAGAUUUAAUAUUCCAUGUUGAUAAAGUACAUUUUAUUCUAAAUGAAUUAGUAAUGGGCGGAAUGGUAUUAGAAACAAAUAUGACUGAGAUUUUAACAAGAAUUGAAGAUCAAAAUAAAUUUGAAAAACAGGAGGCCGGUAUUAUAGCUGCUCCUGCAAGAGCUGUAUCAGCUGUAAAAAACAUGAACAUUCCACAACAAAUUAAAGAUAUGAAAUUGCCUGAUUUGCCUCAAGCAAUUAAAGACCUUAAAUUUUGACAAUCUCUUAUAUUCCCCUCAUUUUUUAAGUAGUAGUUCAUGUAAGUUAUUUGUUAAUUAAGAGUACUGUUUCUCAUUGUAUAUUUAAAAAUAAUACAAUGGCAAUUAUUUACUGUUGGUGUGUAAAAAGGAAUAAAAUCAUAAAUUGAACUUGUCUUUUUAGUUAGAACAGUUAAGUAAAAUAUGAAAGUAAAUAUUUAGAUAAUACAGAAC